GGGGAGGAGAGGAGAGGCAGGAAGCAAGGAUGGACUCUAUGGGCAUCUACUUCCCUACUUGCAAUGGCAUCGAGAUGGUCAUGGACUUUAUGGGACAGCAAAUCGCGGAGGAAGUGGCAGAGAUGAAUUCGAUGGCAGCGCAACAGUCUGUUCAUCCUCAGCUGGCGCCUAUCCCCGUCCAUGCAGGGGUUGAGAUCGCUCCUGGAACUCAGACAGUCCGAGCAUCACCUAGUCAAGCCCUCCUUUGCCUGCAUGCCUGUAUCUUCGGUGCCGUCUCUGCAACAAGCCAGUUGAAUGAUACGAACUCGGCAUCAGACUCUCUUGCCGAGUGGCAAGCAAAUUUUUCCAAGCACAGUCAGGAGGCGGCGUCCAGCAUGAGCCCGCUCAGCGCUUACUUCUUAUCGCGCUUCAUGUUCCCCUCUAGGGAGAAGUCCGCGAUUCUGCCUGAGAACCUCGAACAAGGACCCUCGUCAACCACCAUCCGUCAUACGACAGCUUCAUCUCAACUCUGAGAGCUGACUCAAAGGACACAAUCUACGACAACUUCCCUAGCAUGCUUUAAUGCUCUUGCGAGUAAACGACGUCAGGGGU